CCACGUUCACUAAUCAUUUUUCUCUACGGCAAUUGAGAUCGCAAAUCGGAACUUCUCUCUCUGAGAAAAUCGUAAAACCGUUUAUCUUAGAUCGGAUCUAUUCGACGUCGUUUCAGUAGGAAUGGCUCCUUUCAGCGGCGACGAAACGGCACCGUUUUUUGGCUUCCUUGGAGCCGCAGCUGCUCUCGUCUUCUCAUGUAUGGGCGCUGCGUAUGGCACAGCAAAGAGUGGUGUGGGAGUGGCUUCAAUGGGUGUGAUGAGACCGGAGCUGGUGAUGAAGUCGAUUGUGCCUGUUGUUAUGGCUGGUGUUUUGGGUAUUUAUGGUCUUAUUAUUGCUGUUAUCAUCAGUACCGGGAUUAACCCAAAGGCUAAGUCUUAUUACCUUUUUGAUGGUUAUGCACAUCUCUCCUCUGGUCUUGCUUGUGGCCUUGCUGGACUCUCUGCUGGUAUGGCUAUUGGGAUUGUUGGUGAUGCUGGUGUCAGAGCCAAUGCACAGCAGCCAAAACUUUUCGUUGGAAUGAUUCUUAUCCUUAUCUUUGCUGAAGCUCUUGCCCUUUACGGGCUCAUUGUUGGUAUUAUCUUGUCUUCACGUGCUGGCCAGUCUAGAGCCGAAUAAGUAAGGAGCUGUGUUGCAAAAUAUUCUUUGACCCCAAACCUUCUUAUUAAGAGGGCGAGGGGUGAAUUUUUAGUUGUGCGGUUAGUGAUGUUUGGACACCAAUUGCAGUAUUUAACAAAUACUUUGAAAGCAAUAGCUCCACCUGCUAUGUUAUUUGAUGGUGUUUGUAUAAGUUAGUCUAUCUUUGCUUAAUAAAGCUUUUUAAGCUUCGUCUCUAUUUUUCCUUUUGAAAUGUGUCAUCUCGGAUUAUAUGAGCCUACUUUGUUUUUGCUGCUACUGAAACUAGUGCGUGUAAUGAUUUAGUUGCGAAUAUAACUUGUAUGCAUUUGUGGAUUUUUUUCUUUCA